UACAGCCAGGAAGGCCCAAAUUCACGGGCCACAUUGCGCAUCUUUACCCGCAACCCUCUGAAGGAGUUAUAUAUAUAACCCUAAUCGACCAGACCUUUAAAACCCUAGUUGAGCAGAAGAAGCCAGAGCUCCGCUCACAUAUAUUUUCCUCUCCUUUGGACUUCCGCCGGAAAUAGCGACGCCACUUCCUCUUCCUGCCGUCGUCCACCAUGGCCCCCAAAAGAGGUGCUAAACCCUCAGCAGUUGCCAAGAAGAAAUCUGACAAGGUUGUGAAUCCUUUGUUCGAGAAAAGGCCGAAGCAAUUUGGAAUUGGUGGUGCUCUCCCUCCAAAGAGGGAUUUGACUAGAUUUGUCAAGUGGCCUCAUGUUGUUCGCAUUCAAAGGCAAAGGAGGAUCUUGAGGCAACGUUUGAAGGUUCCUCCUGCUGUCAACCAGUUUACGAAAGCACUAGACAAGAAUCUAGCGACCCAGCUGUUCAAGCUUUUGCUCAAGUAUCGGCCAGAGGACAAAGCUGCGAAGAAAGAGAGGCUCAUCAGCAAAGCACAAGCUGAAGCUGAAGGAAAGACCGUGGAGUCUAAGAAACCCAUUGUUGUUAAGUACGGACUUAACCAUGUGACUUACCUUAUCGAGCAGAACAAAGCCCAACUGGUUGUUAUUGCUCAUGAUGUCGAUCCAAUCGAGCUUGUUGUCUGGUUGCCUGCACUGUGCCGUAAGAUGGAGGUCCCAUAUGCUAUUGUGAAGGGCAAGUCUAGGCUUGGAGCGAUUGUCCACCAGAAGACAGCUGCCGCUUUGUGCCUUACAUCUGUGAAGAACGAGGACAAAAUGGAGUUCAGCAAGAUUUUGGAGGCAGUGAAGGCUAACUUCAACGACAAGUUCGAUGAGCACAGGAAGAAGUGGGGUGGUGGGAUCAUGGGAUCCAAGUCUCAGGCCAAGACCAAAGCCAAGGAGAGACUCUUGGCCAAGGAAGCUGCUCAGAGGAUGUCUUAACUUUAGCUUUGAUGUAGCAAGGAUAUUUGUCAAUUUUGAGGAUGGUUUUGUUCUUCCCUUUGAACUUUGCUUAGUGUGCGACUAAAUCUGUUUCUUUUCCCUCCUUUCGUUGAGAAUCAUAAUAUUCAGUACUGUCAGUUGAUGGUGGGAUUAUGAAUGAAGCUACUUUUGCUAAGAGAUGUCUGAUCUGUGAUCCUAUGGUCUAUUAGUAUUGUUCAGUGUCGAAAAUGUUGAUUAACUUUGGCACUCAUCUUUGGCCGACGCCUGACCGGCCGUCGUGCUUCAUUACCUGGAAUAAUCAACAUGGGCCUUCAAUGUUAAUUGGGCUGCUGAGUUCAGCCCAAACCUUUUCCAACUUUGAGCGCGCGUUCAGUACUAACAACCGACUAUCCUGAAUACGGCAAACUUUUUGGAACUCAUGGGUACGGACAUGAGUACGGACACAAAAUAUAUGGACAGUCUUGCACAAACACAAAUAAUUUGUGAGGAGCAUGGGAUCUAAACUUAAUAGGCAAGAAUACAACACAGUCUGGGCUAUUCCUGGCCAAAUAUUUUUGAGAUCGUACUGAGUAUAAAUAUGGCCUGACGAGAAAAUACUUUUUGAUGGAAAACAAAUAUAAAAAGAAUUAUAAGUUCAAAUAUACUUCAAAUUUUAUUUAUUUUCUCUUGUUUGUUACUUUUCUCGAACAUUCUCAAUUAAUACUUUCAUUCUCCGUCCAGUUUUAUAUGUUUCCCCUUUUCAUUAAGCACGAAUAUGAGCAUAACACGAGCACGGGUAGGCAUGACACGAUUCAACCGUUGCUCGAACUCGAGCCGGGCCGAGCAAAUAUGAGACGUGAGCUGGUAUGGCAUGACACGAAAACUAACGGACCGUGCCAAGCACAAUACGAGAUAAAACGGGCCUGAAGUGUGCCUGCGCCAUGCCGGCCCAGGCACGACCCAGUUCCGUAGGAUAUAAGUUUUUUUACUUCCAUCUCUGUGUUUUCGGAUACUUGUGGAUAAUCCAUGUUUCGAAAAUUCAAACUAUAAUCAACUAAAAAAAAUGUAAGUAAGUUGAAGACAAGUAUUAUUUAGAGCUACAACUUUGAACAACCAUUAUCAAUAAUAUAUUGACCACAAAUAGUAUGAGAAACAUAAAGUAGAUGGGGGAAGUUAUAAUAUAUCUAAAAAUCAUAUUGUUUCGUUUGCUCCAGAGUCUCGAACACACUGCAUGUGACAAGACUUUAAUACAAUCUUUGAACUUAGGAUCACACCUCAAACCUCUCCAAACAUGGAGAGAAAGCUGUAUCUGAGCGGGGAAAGAACCGUGAAACUCUAAAGCCUUCGUGAAGGAUUCCCAAGUUCUCAUUGAUAAAUGGCAUAUAACAUGAGAUGUGAAAUUGACCCCUCGUAGCUUUUAUACAAAGAACACCAAUUUUUAAUGAUCAUUCAUCUUCUUCUCAAGUUGUCUAUGGUGGAAAUUCUUGAUAAUGAGGUCAUCCAGAUAAAGUAUCAAAUCAUCAAAGAGGUACAAGAAAUCCAUACGAGCUUGUAGGGGAAGGAAUUGUCACCUUCAAAAGAAUCAUCAAUGAGAUGUGUUGUGAUGGAAUGCACAGAGAAAACAAUGGAUAGCUCCAAAGGCCAAACCAAACGAGCUUGGCUGACACAAGUCCAAUUAUGUGGAAGUGAAGACAACAAAUGCAUCAAAUAAACUUGUUCUGCUUCAUCCCCACAUCUCAUGGAAAUUGUAAUGGGGGAUCUCCUACCUGUCAUCCAAAGAAACCAAGUCUGAAACAAAAACAUCCAAGGAAUGGGAAUGAGACCCAACUCUUGGGAACUCUCUCACCAAGUUUUCCUCAGGAAUCCACAUAUCAUGCAUAAAGGACACUUCAUAUC